UUUAAAUAGCGGAGUCAAAAGUCUUUACACCAGCAUCAGUGCCUCACAACAUGUGGACCAUCACAAGCACACUACUGCUCACAUGCUGCCUCCGAGCAGCUCUCGUUCAGAGCCAGGAGACCGAAGACAUCGAGCCGGAACACAGAGGGAGCGUUUGGGAAGAUGUGAUAGAGUUUCUUACCAAAGGCACCAAAGAUGAAUGCAGCAUGACUGUGACAGGACAAAGUGAUCUGACUAAGCUCCGCAUCACUUGCCUGGGCGUGGAGCGGUCAUACUGGUGCGAGUACCAGGGCAACCCUCAGGUCUGCCGCACUUACAACAACAACCCGCUCCAUUAUUUCAAGCAGAUCAUGUGGGACCUCCGCAAGCUGCCGAAUGCUUGCCAGGGCCAGCGCGUCAUCAAGCCUCUCAUGUGCAGGAGAGCGCCGGAUGAGGCCCAGAUGGUCUUCACAAGCGCAUCCUCAUCAAACGCCAUGCCAAUGGACAGGCCUUACAGACCUGCCCCUGACAGAUCCAUGCAGAUGAGACCACAGCAGAGACGAAGGGUGCAAACUAGACCACAGAUAUUAAGAAACCAACCAGCCAGAACUCCUCAGGACAGGCCGAAUCAACCCAAACCUGUCAAACCCACCACACAGAGGAAAAUUACCACACCUAAUCCAACUACGCCACAACCAACUAUGCCACUACCAACUACGCCACUACCAACUACGCCACAACCAACUACGCCACAACCAACUACGCCUGUACCCCUGAGUGAGGCCAAGAAACUUGCCAAGGACUACUGCUGGCGCUCUUUUCAGCGUGUCUGUUCCUUCUUCAUAGGGUGGUUCAGAAACUAAGAAAAAGUCACACAGACAGACAACUAAUUUCAUACAAGAUGACUCCAAAUGUCUAACAGCAUGAAGGUUUUGGACCGACGGAGACAAAUGGAAGUGUGUUAAGACUGAAAGGACUUUGGGAACACCAUUGAUAUAUGUAUUACAAAUGUAUCAGAAUAGACAGGAUUACACAGAUGGUUAUCAAUGAAUAUUGAUGUUGAGCAUAAUACUGGCAUGUUUUGUUCUCCAAACUGGAACUUCAUCUUAUGUACUGAAUACUAUAUGUGUAUUAAUCUUGCCAUGUUAAUGUAUUUAUGAGUGCUGACCAACUAUGGGUCAGCAUUUCUGAAAGCUAUGGAGCCACACAGGUCACUUCAGACUGUAAUAUAUCAAUUUUGUAAUAUAUCAAAAAAUGUAUAUUGUACAUUGGACAUUUGGAUAUGCCUCUGUGUCUACAACAUUUUAGGGUGGAGGAGGUAAUACUUAAAUGUAUAAAAGUUUUUGUGUUUGU